GUUGCUUUAGUAACGGUUUGUUUUCCUCCAACUUGACUGCAGUCGGUAAUAGAGGACUUCAUAACUGAUACACUUGGUGGUUGUCAGCCGCAUGAAACAAGUUCUUCCUUCCUGCACUGGCUGUCGAUGGAGAAGAUGUCUGUCCUGGACCUCAGCGCUCAGCAGGGGGGAAAGCCCAAUCUAAUGAAUAUUGAGCUCAUGCUGAAUAACUCAGGGCUCUUCAGAGCACAGUGCAAGAGGCUGCUCGAAGAAACGGACAAAGCUUGCAAGCGCAUGCAGGACGAUGACCAUAAGCGACUCGACCAGCGGAUCAGAGACAUCCAGUUUUUGAAGAAGGAGCUGGAGUUGAAGCUAGAGGAGAUUACUUUGGAGAUUGAUGUCCUUAUAGCAUUACAGAGCAGAGUAGUGAAUGCCCUGGAGGCGACCAAAGAGCCUCUGAGAGUCACUGUUCUCUGUCUGGAGGAGAGAAAGAAACGUUUCCCUUCUGAGAACCUGCAUGAUGAUGUGGACAGAGAGCUGCUGAAGGAGAGGGAUCUUAUUAAGGGGGUGGCUUCUCUCCUGCAGCGUGUAGUAGAGCAGAUCACUGAGCAGAUACGACUGAACCGGUCUGCCAAGUACCGUUUAGAGAAAGAUCUAAAGGAGAAAUUUGAGGCCCAGUGCAUCGACAACUCCUGUGUAUUAAUGACCACCCAUUCUGUCAACGACCUGCAGAAGUCCCAAAACACAAACGCUGUUCUGCCGAGCUUGACAGUGACUCCAGAGUUCUGGGAGAACAUCUCAGACAAAAACAUUGCAAAGGCGGAGUACCAGAAGACCAACUCACUGUCCCUGAAGGCCCUGGUGGAGUCUGUCCUGGAGCAGACGGCUGCUGACAUGCGGAAGCAGGUCCAGGCUACAACAGCAGCCUUUCAGCUUAACAUCCAGGAAGUCAAGAAUACCAAGAGCCAGAUGGAGGAUAAACUGCCAAAGAUUCUGUCUGAGAUUACCAGCCAGCAGAGGAUCAGAGAGGACCUCCAAGUGGCCAUCACAGAGAAUGAGCAAUGUCUGAGUCUGGCUCAGGCCCGGCUGGCACUGCGCCGCCAGAGGCCUGGCAAAGAGCAAUGCUACGAUCCAGCACAGUCCCAGCUCCUCGCUGAGGUCCAGCAGCUCACUGCUAACAUCAACAGACUUUGUGGUGAGGUGGUCCAGUCUGAGGAGGAGCAGAGGGCUCUGGUUCACUGCCAGCUGCAGCUGCAGGAACACAUCGAUGUGGAGGCCAACACUCUCUACAUUGAUGAGGUCAUCUGCUCUCAGCACAGGAAGCCCAUCAUCAUACACAACUUCUGAGCAUCAGCAGCAGGACGUCUACGUGGAGAAGUUAAAAGGAGAGCAUGUUCACCUCCUGCAGAGCUCCUCCAUCACUCAAGAAACAGCGGUCACUCGGAAGAAGCUACUAGAGCAAACUGUUGAGAGACUCUGCGAAGAGCUGAGCACAGUGAGGGAAGCAGAGGAGGCGAUGAGAAAAGACCUGGAGGCUUCAAAAAAUGAGGUAUUUUCUACAAAUGCAAUGCUAUUAUUUGUGUGAUGGAUUAUGUUGCACCAAGACAUAAAACAACCCGCCUUCAUGUGCCUCUGUCCUCAAGUAUAUCCAACUUUCUUUGGCUUACGGCUAAGUCUGGUUGUCACUAAGCUGGAGGCUGAAAGAAGUGAUCUGGAGUGGACACCCAGCUGAGGGAGGCCAGGGUAGGAUUAGUUAGAACACUUUCCCAUCUCAUAUGUGUUAUUUCAUUAUCUGCUGCUGAAAGUAUUGACUUCUGUCCAUGUGAACCUGUGAUUGGCAGCGGGAGGUGGGAUCUCUGAGCUCUGAUCUACAGAGCCAACAGGAUGAGAACGAGAGGCUCAUGGGAAAAGUGUCUGCUUUAGAGCAGCAGCAUGUAAGAGACAGGUCACCAUGAUUUGUCUACAGUUGGGGGAAUCUGCCGUUUAAACUUGAACCCACCUAGACAUCUUCUGUCUUAGCCAAUCCGAACCAUCUUCACCUUGAAGGACACUGUGUGAAUGUAAAGGUGUUUCUGUUGUGCUGUGAGGACCGAAUGUCCUUUAUGAGGUUCUGUCUGUUAGUUUGUAGCUAUUGUGCAUUAGUAGCGGUCAAAUACUCAGUUAUUCAGCUUUUGUUAUGCAGUCAGUUAUAUUCAUUCAUCACAUAAUUAGUUUCACAUGCAACACUCAAUAUUUAUAGCAUCAAAACUAUUAUUGAAAUAUCAUUCCCAACACCAUUACUAUCAUAAUUUCUUUUAUGCAUGCAAGUCAGUCAGUGGUGCCAACAUCAUGACUGAGAGAAGUAGUUAGGAUGCUCAGAUUCUCUGUUCUUAUGUCGAUGGUUGCAUGCAGCAUGUUGACCACACGCUGAAGGAUCUAUCUGACCAGAACAAGUUGACCUAUGAAAACAGGAAACAUAAAGUACAGCACACAUGCAAACACUUAUUAGAGAUCAGCCUUAGUGUCUCAUUUUUAAGAGAAUAACCUGUACUUUAAGAAAAACACACAAAAAUAACUUAGAAAACAUUGAAUCCAGAUUCCUGAAAAACUCCUCAGUAAGUCUGGAAGACUCUAAAUUGCUUGUGUUGUACGUCGCUUUGGACAAAAGCGUCUGCUAAAUGAAAUUGUAGAAUUGUAGAAUUGUAGGAAAGGCAGUAAAGUUCACUCAUGACUGUCUGCAGGCAACAAGGACAAACUGACGCACAGUUGUUGCCACAGUGGAUUGUGUUGUGGAGUUUCAGCCCAGCAGCAAACACUGCCACUUGGAAGCAAAUGCAAAUUUUGGCAAGAAGUUAAGUGAAUUAUCAUUAAAAAAA